AAAUAAUAUGUAGGUAGCGUUGUAAGACUUAAAUCUCAAACUAACUGAAUUUCUAGCGUUGUAAUGAAAAGUUAGAACAAUGUCUGGUCGCAGUGAAAACGGAGGUGACAAUCCUGAGGAUCGUCCUCAUGAGUUUCUUGUGAGAGAUCCCUCGGUAACCGGCAGGAGUUCAUUCCGUAAGAGGGGUGGUAUUUUAAACCCAAUCGUUAAAAUCGGAGAGAACAACCUCGCCGACAUAGAGGAACCAGAUGUAGCCAGCAUUGUGGACAACCUACGACGCCGCUACCUCAACAAUGCUUUCUACACCUACAUCGGAGAUGUCCUGGUCUACAUGCCCCCCUUCUCUGGUAUUUCCAUGUACACCAACGAAGAUGUCCAGUAUUACUGUGAAAACAACGCUUUUGAUCCCGACUUGAAGCCUCAUAUUUACUCUUUUGCUGAUCGGGUGUAUUCUAACAUGUUGUUUUGGAAGAGGAACCAAGUAGUGAUAAUGUCUGGAUCCAGUGGUAGUGGCAAGACUAUCAAUACUAAACAGUUCCUAAGUUACAUACAAUCAGUAUCAGGAGGAUGGGAUCUCUCAGUGACUCUAAAAACAAGACUGGCUCAUCUGUUUAACGUCCUCGACUGUUUCGGAUCAGCGCAGACUUCAGAUAGUAUAUACGCUAGUAAAUACACGAGUCAGCUCCAACUCAAGUUCAACUAUUUCGGUGAUAUCGUUUCUUGCCAACUCAAAACUUGUCUACUAGAAAAGAGUAGAGUGUGCGGGCCUCCCCCAGGAGAAAGCAACUUCCACAUAUUUCACUUGCUAAUGGAACACAUUGGGAGUGACGGUGCAGCGUACCCCUACCUCAGCAACACUAAUCACACCUUCGCUCUCAAAGUCACUCUACCUUCAAUCCAGGACAGUUUAGUAGCUCUAGGAAUGCCGGAGGGAGAGAAGGAACACGUGAUCAACAUUCUGACUGCAAUACUGAUACUGGGACAGAUCCAGUACAAGACGGAGAAUGAUGGGAUUGGGGUCAGGGUUACCAACCCUGGUGUUGUUAAAGUGAUAGCCAAGUUGCUGGGAGUAACCAACUCGUCCAUGACGGAUAUGUUAACCAGCACACCUCAUAUCAGCGGAAACAGGAGUAUCAUGAUGAACCCUCUAUCUUACGACAAGGCGAUCUCAAAACGGAACUCACUGGCCAGUUACCUGUACCUGCGGCUCUUUAACGAGGUAUUGAUGAGUGCUAACAAGAGUUUGGCAGGGGAGGCUCCCGAGAAGCCUGAUGAUCUUAAUCUUACUCUCGACAUUGUGGACGGUUACGGCAUCAAAGGUGGUGAUCUGAACAAUUUCGCGGUGCUGUGCUGCAACUUCAGCAAUGAGAAACUGCACCAGUGCUUUAUCGAGAGCGCCCUGACAGCGCCCCAGGAACUGUAUUUGCAGGAGGGACUAGACUGGGAUCCUAUCAGGAUACCUGAUAACCGGGGAACUAUUGGUCUCUUCACUGAUGUCCAACCUGCCAGUCUUAUGGAGUGUAUUGAGAACGAGUGUAACAAGCCAGGAGACACAACUAACUUCCAGGCGGAUGAGGCGUUUGGUGGAAUCUCCUCUCCUUACUUCAUGUUGUCCCAUGAAGUAGAAAAUGAGUUUAUUGUACGACACUACAUAGGCGAGGUAUCAUACGAUGCGACUAAUUUCCACAAGAUGGCUAAGACUGGACUACCCAAGGAUUGUAAGAGAGUAAUGAACAGCAGCAAGUUGGCACUUCUCCAAAGAAUGUUCCCUGAUGGUGCACAGUCCGAGUGGAUGAAGGGUAAAAGUUCCAUGUGUGUUUCACAAGUAUACGUGGGUGCGAUCGACAAUCUGCUAAAAGACCUGAAGAAUAAGUUCCUGUCCUUUGUGCGCUGUGUUAAACCUAAUCUCUCCUCCACUCCACAACUCUUUGAAGAUGACUUUGUUGAAGAUCAAGUUCGGAGCUCAUGCCUAGUGGAGACAGCGUUAAUCAAGCAGCGAGGAUUUGCAUUCAGUUCGGAUCUGGUCGGGUUUGUUCAGCGUUACAAAUGUACACACGAAGAAGACAGGUUCAGAAGAUGUGAUGGAGAUUGGCAAAUGGCUGCUGAUAGAAUAUGUGGCAAUCUGCAGAUCGACAUGGAUCUGUACUUCGUAGGCUUCACUUGUAUCUUCAUUAAAGACUCUGCUACAGUCCUCUACCUCGAGAAGAAACGUGACGAGUGUAUCGACUUUAUAGUUACUAAAAUACAGCUGUGUUGGAAGCGCCGGUACAUAAACAGAAAGCUAGGACCUCACUUGAGAGCCUUGAGGGAGACACUCGCUCAAGCGGAUAAAACUAAGAAGAUACUCCUGCCCAAGAUGAAAGGGCCGUUUAGUGAGGACAUUAACGAUUACUUGGACCGUAUCUACAGAUGCUGGUGGGCGUCAUGUUUGAUAAAGACUCUAAAGAAAUCAGACAGGAAUAUCGUGAGGAUAGCGAUUAUAGCACACUCUGCUUUCGCUGGUGAAUUCAGCGUGGAGCCUGAUCUAGUUAAAUCAGGGAAGCCUAUGAAUAUACACUGUCUGAGAAUGAGAUCAAACUACGUAGCAUCAGACCAGUUUGACGCUGCAACUCUCCUCUCCACAACUAACGACAGAUCAACCCAUGGUAAAAAGAUCCUCUUCACUGCUCCUAUCAACCGACUAAACAGAAAACAUGUUGUAGAAAGAGGAUACGUGAUCCUUACAGACAAGGCCUUGAUAUUCCUGACUAGCAAGUUCGAGUUGUAUCCACAGAAGACUAUAUUCCUGAAGAACUGUAGAGCGCUGAGUCUCAGUACUCACGUGGACACUAUGAUAGUUAUACACCAGGCCGAGGCGGGUAAAGACAUGGUGCUAGAUUUCGGAGUGACAGGAAUCUAUCACACCCUACCAGAGUUUGUCGGUAAUCUCUACCUCGCCUCUAAGAAGCUGAGUAACAGGAUAAAGGUGAAUGUGUACGCGGAACGUAUCAGAUAUAACAACUCAAGAAAACCUGAUGUUUACGAUGAACUAAGUUUCAGUGCUAAGAAGGAGAAGAGUACGAAGUUGAAGCCAGGGGCUCCUCUUUGUACACUCAAGAACAAGGUCGUCAUUUUCUACGGGGGUCGAGACGUCCUGCACUAACAUUAGCUUCAAUAACAGUGCCACUUAAUUGAUGUCUAAUUGGUCGAUAAUUGACUGUCUUUCUAGAUCAGUUAGAAGUCGUUACAGUGCGAAUUUUAGAUGGUUGCAUGACGAUACAAUAUAUUUUAUUAUCUUUAAUAUUGUUACCUACAUGAUGCCCAGGGCUGUGCCUUUAUCAGAAUUUUAUUUUUAAUACAGUCCAAAAUGUACAGUGUAUUCAAACAAACUGUUAGAAUAUUGAUUUAACAUUUGAAGUUUUAAUCUGUAAAAGAGUGAGGUUGGAAGAUGUAUAAUUUAUGAUAUAGAAACUUGUAUAAUUCUGCUUCGUUAGCGGAGUAUCCCAUUGUUCUAAUCCUAUAAUAUAAACAUAUUAGGGGCAAUAAAUUACGUCCACCGAUUUGGUCGAUUUUGAAGCCUCUCUCCUCCCCUCGCCCCCUCCCCCCUCCCUCGAAAUUUAGUGUUAUGCUGAUCAAUUAUUUUCUUAUAUUAAACAAUUUAUAUGAUUUAUUGAUAUUGAAAUUUUUAAGGAAAUUCUAAAUAGAGGACGAAUAUGAUAAUUAACAUACAACUUUAUUAAAACCUACUUUGAUCUACAGUUUUUAUUGAUUUACUUUCAACGCCAAUUUAUUUCAUUCUUUAGAAUAAGUAGUUUUUAUCCAAUUCAAAUUAUUGAUAAGAGUCUUGUUUGAUAUUUUUUUCGUCGACUUUAAUGUGGCCUAAAAUCUAUUUAGUAAUGAGUUUUUAAGAUACAGUUCAGUUAUUUAGAUUCUAGACAAUCAUGCUUGCGGAUAACAUUACAAUUUAUUUUAUGUACCAA